AUGCUAUCCUCCACUUUCCUUCUAUCCCUCGCUCUAGCCCUAGCAUCCCUGCCAUGGAGUUCGGCAGACACCACGACCCCAUGCAAGUCCUUCCCAGGCAGCGCUGACUGGCCGUCCACAGAAUCCUGGGCCGCGCUCAAUGAGUCUCUUGGAGGCCGACUGCUGCAGCCGGCUGCUCCAGGAGCUGUCUGCCAUCCCGGAGAACCGACCUACGACGCCGGCCGGUGCGCCGACGUGCGCGCCGGAUGGAGCCGCUUCGACUUCCACAAGGCCGACCCCGUCUCCGUCAUGUGGGACAACUGGAGCAAUGACACCUGCCUCCCUGACGCGGCUUAUCUGUGUCGCGCUGACGGAUACUCUGCUUUCGUCGUGAGCGCGACCACGCCGGAGCAUGUCAAGUUUGGUGUUGACUUUGCGCGGGAGAAGAACGUGAGGUUGAUCGUCAAGAGCACAGGGCACGAUUACCUAGGCCGCUCUUUUGCUCCGGGGUCUCUGUCCAUUUGGGUGCACCAUAUGCAAGAUGUGCAGUACCACGGCGCUGGGUUCCAACUUGCCGGGAGCGAUAUCACCAUCGAGGGGAACGCCGUCACCGUCGAGGGCGGCACCGAGCUGUACAACGCGCAGAAAGCCCUGGCCGAGCACGGGCAGGCCAUCGUCGGCGGCGGGUGCGGGACGGUGGGAGUCGGCGGGUUCACCCCCGGAGGCGGCCACUCGCUGCUGGGCCCGCGGUACGGCAUGGCGGCGGACAAUGUUCUGCAGAUGGAGAUCGUCUCGCCCAAGGGCGAGAUCAUGACGAUCAACGAGGCGCAGAAUACGGAUCUGUUCUGGGCCAUGCGCGGUGGCGGCCCCGGCACCUUUGGUGUCAUCACAUCCAUCACCUUUUUAACGCACCCAUCACCUGCAAUAACUCAUACCUUCUGGGCUAUCAGAACCGAGCCCGACGCACCUUACCUCCCAGCCCUCACCGCAUACGUCCUCUCCCAGAUGCCUGCGCUCGAACGCGCCGGCAUGUCCAUGUACUGCACCUCCUCGCGCGUGCUCAUGGAAAACCCCUUCCCAGUGCAAAGCCUGCCGGCGCAGAUCGCAGGCAUGAUGGGCGUCGCCCUGCUACAAGACCAGUCCAACUCACAAGCAAUGCAGGAGCUCUGGCAGCCCAUCAACGCGACCAUCGCCGCGCGGUGGCCCGAGGCCUUGUUCGUGCUGCAGACGGAGCAGUUCGCGUCGUGGUUCGACUGGUUCGACAAGUACCGCGACGCGCGGCCCGUGGGGUACCAUCUCAUCUUCGCGUCGCGGCUGCUCGACGAGGCGGCUCUGACUGAAGAUGUGGACGCGCUGGCGACGGCGGUUGUGGCGACGGCCCAGUUCCCUGCUAUGAAUGCCACGGCCAAACAGGAGGCGAUUAAGCUUGUUGAUGCGGCGGCGGAGGGGUUGCGACGGUUGGCUCCUGAUAUGGGGUCUUAUAUCAACGAGGGCUCCGUGUAUGAAAAGGACUGGCAGCAGGCCUACUGGGGUGCCAACUAUGAGCGGCUACUCAGUAUCAAGAAGACCGUCGACCCGGACGAUGUGUUCUGGUGCGAGCCGUGCGUCGGUAACGAGGAUUGGGAAUUGGUGGAUGAAGGACGGCUUUGCCGGGUCUGA